UUCUUGUGUUGUCCUUCUCUCACUGGCCAAGGUCGACCAGCCUGAUUACGGAUGGAGCCAGAAACUUAGUGAGAGCUUUGCUUAACUGCACAGCCAGAACGAAAUUUCAGCUGCGUUCACCAUGAACGAGUUUGAUGCUAUCGAGAGAGCGCUGCAGAUACCGGAGCUGCUCACGGGCAUGCUCCGAUGCCUCGGACCACUUUCGUGGCUCCACUGCGCCUCCGUCUGCUCUGGUUGGUCCGAUGCCAUUCUCUCCCGCAAGCCUAAGACGGCAAGAGGGCCAGCAGCGUUGGCUGUUGCGGGAGAGCCGACAUCAGGAGGGGCAUCAACAGCACCGGCAAUAGUAGUGGUACCGGCAGGAGAACAAGAGACAGCGACAGCACCAACAUCAGGAACGACGUCACCAGCAGCAGACAGAACGGAAGCGUCAAUCUCAGACGGAGGGGCGGAGGCAGUGAACGGGAAAGAGAAGGCGGCAGCGGCGGCGACGGCGGUGGUCAAGACCGAUCUCUGGCGCGAGUUCGCGGUGACGGUGAUUCGAUACAACGGACCAGCAGUCGCUGAUCGCGACAUCGGGGGAUCCGGCACCAGCGGUUCAAACUGUCCCACCUGCAGCUUUGGUCAAAACCACCGAUACCACCACAACCUCACCCGCGAUAGACGGAGUAAGCCCUUGCGGGCUUUGCAUCCGCCGUCGAGAGGCGGGGCGCACGGCCAUUUCUUCAGACAUGUCUGCCUUGAAGGAGACCCCACAGUUCUCGGACCGCCGCUGCGAGCGACGAUCGCUGCCAGCGGUAGCGGGACCGGGCGGAGGGAGACGGCGAUCGCGACCGUCAGCCUGGCGGACGUUUCGAAAGCGGCGGAGGCUAGAUUUCGACGACCAAGGGCACUGAUUAAGUUUCUGUGGCUGUGGAUCCGCUACAGCAACACGGAACACCGGCUGACGACGGUUCCAACGAUUGAGCUGACCCCGAACAAUAUCCAGUUCACGUACAAAUCACCGUGCGGCCGAAGGAGAGGCAUAGGGGGCGGGAGCGCCGCGAAAACUGCAGGGGGGCCAGGGUCAUCGCGGAGCGGCAGCAGCAGCAGCAGCGGCAAGAAAAAGGCAAAUUCAUGUUGUGUGACAACGACGGUGUUGCUUAGCGAAGCUCUCGGUGUGUUCACGAAGCUCUUCGUGCUUUGCCACCGCUGCCGACGCCCAUGCACCACGCUGUUCGCCAACCAAGACGACGCAAGCAACGUUGCACAAAAUGUUGCUGGGGGAAAAGAGUCAGCAGGAAGAACGGCGGCGGUGAUACCCGAGGUUCGAGGAAGACGAGUGACGCUCUGGGUAGAGUGUCAAGAAGAUUGGUGCGGCUGGAGGUCGGGAAUGAGUGUAGCUGCCGGUGGCGGCGGCAGCACGGCCCCACCGCCUUGGCUGGCCAAGUUUGCGAGAUAUGUACAAAGCCGUGCGUGGAAGGGGAUCAAUACCCUUCCCGAGGACCAUGGGACGGAGUGGUUCAGCGACACGUCCCCAGCGGCGGUUCAGCGCCGGCUGAACGAAGCAAGGGCCAACUCGGUCGGCCUGGAUGCCUUGGCGAGACGAGGGAGCGAUGGAGGAGACAGCGACGGCUUUAGCGACGGUAGUGGCGCCAGCAGCAGUGACGAGGCUAACGAGUAGUUGCUGCCGUAGGAUACCGAUGCUGUUUCAAUGUUUUGUACAACGACCACGUACAAACUGUACAGGAGUCCAUUUAGAGCACAGUUGACGAGGAAGUUGAAGAAACAGCGUUCUACAAUUUCCGUUGAAAACAGAGGGGGGG